UGACGUCACCGCCAGGGCAGCAGACCGCUGGCGAAGAGGAGAUUGUUGUUUGUUGUUUUAGCUCCGAAGUGCUCGACAGCCGUGCUGCGUCCGUCUCGUGCGCUUUUUUUUUUUUAAAACAGACAGUCACGCGCUAAAGAGGGUGAAACUCUAGAUAAAUAUAUUCAGCAUAUACAUUUAUAACAUAUCGCGUUUUUAUUGCGACCUUUUCCAGCUGCAUCGAGCGAGAGAAGAGCCCCGGAAACAUGAAAUGGAUGUUCAAAGAGGAUCACUCCUUGGAACAUCGAUGCAUAGAAUCGGCCAAAAUCCGCAGCAAGUACCCUGAUCGCGUCCCGGUGAUCGUGGAGAAGGUGUCGGGGUCGCAGAUCGUGGACAUCGACAAGAGGAAGUACCUCGUCCCCUCCGACAUCACGGUGGCUCAGUUCAUGUGGAUCAUCAGGAAGCGCAUCCAGCUGCCCUCCGAGAAGGCCAUCUUCCUGUUUGUGGACAAGACGGUGCCCCAGUCCAGCAUCACAAUGGGGCAGCUGUACGAGAAGGAAAAGGACGAGGACGGCUUUUUAUACGUGGCCUACAGCGGCGAGAACACCUUCGGGUUGUGAAGGAAACCACACCUCCCCCUUUCCCUCCUCCUCCUCCACGUCCUCCUCCUCCUCCUCUAAUCACAGCCCUCACGCGGCCCCCUGCAGAAACCGCGGGGAAACCCCAGAGCGAUUCAGAGACAUGAAGGUAACAGAGAGGCGGGGCUCACCUGGCUGGACGAACAGAGACGAGCUCACCAGGUGGUUCCGGCCCAAGUUGCCCCAGUUCUUCAAAGAUUCAUUGAUUCACUUGUGUAUAGUGUUACAUUUCAAUUAUUAUUAUUAUUAUUGUUAUUAUUGUUUGUUGUUGACGUGGUUUGAGUGUUUUUAGAAGGAACUUUGAUUUGUUUUCGUCUUUUUUUUCACAUUUUAAAUUAUAUGCGUGAAUGAAUGCUUUUAGUUCUGCUUUCCUCUUCGAAGGCAAUAUUUAAAAAGAAAGUUUAAUUUUAAUAUUUGAAAUUAAAUUAGGAUGACCUAUAACCAAUAAAAAGCUUAAAAAUGAAAUGUGCAUAUUGUUGUUUCAAAAUAACGUUGGGUGAUACAGAGAUACAUGUACUGUGUGUGCUGUAUAUCUGUGUGUGGUAUAAAUACGUCGAUUAGACGUAUUAUAGAUUUAAUCGCGUUUUCAACUCAUUUCCUUUCUCCGUUUUUCUUUAUUCUUCAGACUCCAGUGAAUAAUAAUUCAAUAAAAAACAAAAUCUC